ACCAUUCUACGCCAUUCAGAUGAUUCACAUGUCAAGACCAUGGUCACACAACUGUGUCCCCUCACGUGACCUUGUGGAGGCCUUGACUUUGUCAAUUGAAAAUAUUAUGGUUGUGGAUCAAUGUUAAUGGCCCUGCUUUGGCCAGUGCCUUAAACCACUGUCAGUGUGGUACGUUCCCGUUUCGGUGUGGUUCGGUAAACAUCAUCCACAGGGAAGUUUCAAGCAAAACAAUAGUUUUUCGCCCUGCCACUAACAGAGGUAUAAAGAUGCUCGCAAUCAUGAUGGACAGCAGAACUCCCAACUCCAACUCCCAACUCCCAACACACAACUCUCAUCUUCUUCAGCGUAUCUUUUGAUCUACCAUUCUCACUAUGUCAGAAGACACUUACAUCGAUCUCGACGCCCUUUUGGAAGAGCUUCGGAAUUUGCCACCUCCCACCGAAACAUACGCAUUCUUUACGGAAACCGAGCCUGGAAUAGCAUUCCUUGACGACCAGCUAUACGGAAUUUUCAAUGGGUUUUUGGCCCAGUUCUUCACGCCAGACAUAACAACAUUUGCCUCCACUUGCGAUAGCCUAAUCCCUGUGCUUGACCUGGCGCUACUUACCGCGAAAAAUCGUCAGCUGGUCUCAGAUAUCUUGGAGCUUGCCGACGUAAUGUUCGAUAAAUUUGUGAGCGUCUCUCUGACGCUCCAGCAGUGCUUGGACCCACAGCACAUUGUGCCGACGCAUUCGAUGGUCCGAACGCGCUUGCUUGACAUCAUUAACCAAUGUCUCGCGUCUCCGCACGACAUAAGUGACAUCCGCUCUGAACUCCAGACUCUGCAAUCGAAGAUUCAAGAGGAUCAGGCGAAAGCCGACUUGUUUUCUUGCGAUACCCAGUGGAUUAAUGAUCUAUCGGAAUUAUGGCCUGAGUUCAAAGCCUUGAACUCGUGUCUGACCGAAGAUAUUCCAGCUGCGACGUUGGAAAUAGUUGCUCAGGGAUGCACGUCUACUGGUCCCACUGAGGUUUUGCCAACCACAACUGCACAACUCAGACGGAACUCGUCUAUGAUUAUGGACAACCUGCGAGCAUCCAAGUCGACUCGUCCUCUGGGAGCAUCUCAAUCUUUAUCUGCCCUACCUACAUCAGCUUCAUGCCACAUCAAUGGUAUCCCUAAGCGAGGCGCCUCUAUUUCCCGCACUCAAUCACUUUCCGCGAUGCUUCCUGCUCAAGCUCAAGCUCGUGUGCUGGUCGCACUUGGGACGGUGACUGAAGAAGAGGAGGAAGAGGACUGAGGUUAUAUUUGUAUCGCAUCCAUUGGUCUCGGCAUAGUCGCAGCAUAUCACGCAAAUAUGUCUGUACUUGUAGCAUCCCA